GGGACAUUUCACCCCCGCAAUGGCCGGUGGCGCAUCCCAACUGUUGCCCGGCAGCGGUGGGAAGGGAAUCAUCGACGCGACGCAACAAAAAGAAAAUGGAGGACAAGAUGAAGAAGGUAACACACACAGCAAAUCUGGACAAAUUGGUUGAAGACUUUGUCCUUUUGGAGCAGAAAAUAGCCGAAAUUCAGGGGAACAACAGUCUCCUGGAAAUUCAACUGGAGGAAGCGAAUCGUUUGGUGAAACUGACGCAGACUAAAGAAAACUGUUGGAAAGAAGAAUGUGUUUUGCUGCAUGGAGUGAUAGAUGGACUGCAAGGCACCAUCCAAAAACAAUAUAAUGUGAGAGACGAAAAUGGAAAUUUAAAAAGAAGGAUCAAGGAAAUGGAGGAGAACUUAAAAUUGGUUGAACAGGAAGAUAAAGAACAUGUGGAGAAGCUGCAGUUACAGGUGAACACAAUGGAGCAGGAGCACCAGAUGGAGCGUGCUGAGAUUCACCAGAAACUGACCAGACAAUUUGAAACAAAGGAGGCUGAACUCAAGGGGAUUAUUGACAAAAAGGAGACGGAAAUUCAGCUGCUGAACAGACAGCUCUGUUCUCAAGAGAGGGAAAAGCAAAGUGAGAUCAUCAAAUUACAAAUGGAGUUUAACAGCAAGCUUGUGAAGAUCCAGAGCACCUCAAUGAAAUCACCACAUCACGAUUUGUCUGUCCUGCCUCACAACAUCUUCAAGAGGAAGUUGCAGCAUCUGCAGGAGGAGAAAAACCGAGAGAUUGCAGGUCUUCGGCGGACCAUUCGCGAGCUAGAACAGCAGCAAGACUACAGUCACAGCCUGCAGCUGAAACGCAGGAAGUUUUAGUGUCAGUGUUCUGGCACAGCCACACGCGCGCGACCUGAGGCAUGGGUUGAGGCGGUUGUUCAGCUCCUGCCACUCAGCUGCUCUUGGUCUUACAAAGAGCCUUGCUGUGGCAGGGAAAUUCAGUUUUGGUUCUGAAAGCUGAAGGUGUGUGAGAGGAUCAGCUAGCUGCUGGUUGCACUAGCCUUCUUGCUCGUUCAGUCUCACUGACGGGGACUGACAUGGAGGUAGAGAACGCUGGUGGAUGUCACUCCUGCAAGUGUUUCAUUCCAGGCGCUGGAAAUUAAUUUGUCCCACGUGUUUCAAUGUGUAAGGAUGCGUCUUUCAUUCAUUGUUCAAAUGAGUUUAAAUAAAUG